CCCUGUUGCUCGGCUUGUCGCUUGCCUUGCUGUUUGUGCGUUUGUUGGCGGAGAUGGCUGAUGAGGAGGCGGCCGCACUGGCCAAGUUUGAGGACGCAAACGACAUUGCCGUGGUCGAUGAUGCGGACCAGGUGUAUGCGUACGAUGCAGACAAACAGCGUGAGGAGAUGCGCGCCGAGCCGUGGCUCUCCAACCCUUCAUACUUCACCAAAGUCAGGAUAUCCGCCGUCGCACUCAUCAAGAUGGUGACCCACGCCAAGACUGGUGGCCGGCUGGAGGUCAUGGGCAUCCUACAGGGCAAGGUGGAUGGGGACACGCUCAUUGUCAUGGAUGCUUUCGCCCUCCCUGUCCAAGGCACGGAGACACGUGUUAACGCGGGCCAGGCCGAGUAUGCUUUUAUGGUCCAAUACGCCGACCUGGGCAGCAAGAUUGGGCGGUACGAGAAUGUGCUUGGCUGGUACCAUUCGCACCCCGGAUACGGGUGCUGGCUCUCUGGCAUCGACGUCGCCACACAGCUCAUGAACCAGCAGCACCAAGACCCGUGGCUCGCCAUUGUGGUUGAUCCUGUGCGGACACAGGUCGCUGGAAAGGUGGAGCUCGGCGCGUUCAGGUGCUACCCAAAGGGCCAUGAGCCGAGCAAGACGAGCGACGCAUCGGAGUACCAGUCCAUCCCGCUCGACAAGAUCGAGGACUUUGGUGUCCACGCAAACUCGUACUAUCCUGGAGGUGUCGUACUUUCGGUCCAGCCUUGAUUCUCGCAUCCUGCAGUCGCUCUGG